CUAGAUAGUGAUAAAACCAAUAUCGAUAUACGUUUAAUGCAAUAAGUGUUCGAUUAUUAAAUAAAAAAAACUGUAUUAUUCUUAUCUAUUCAAUAUAGGUAGGUGCAUAUUAUAUAUAUAUUAGGACUUAGCUAUUUAGAAUCAUUAGUUGAUUGGGAAUCCAACAAAAUAUCAAAAUGUUUAAAAUUUUAUUCUGCUGCCUUUUUCUGUAUUUGAGCGUCAGCGCCGUCAGCGUAUCUCAGCAGUCAGUACUCCAGCAAGUGAACUCAGAAUAUCAUGUGUCUAAAAUUACAGGGACAUUAUUAAAAGCAUUGGCUAUCUGCCAGGAUUUCGGUAUGAAACUAGUCACUGCACCGAAUGCUGAAGUACAGGCUGAAGUACAUAAGGUGUUGAACGGAACAACGAACGAUGCAACUUGGUUAGCUGGAUUAUAUCUGAAUUAUGAUGGUUUAUUUCAACCUAAAUGGGUCUGGUUGAAUAGUGAACACCAGUUUAGUAACUAUACGAAUUGGGGAGAAGGAGAACCAAUCUUAUAUGUAAGGGGCUUAUUGAAUUGCGUAGUGAUGCAAUCAAAUGGUUUCUGGAAAGUGGAUAGAUGUGACGAGGAUGAAAACUAUUUUAUAUGUUCAACUAAAUAAAAUUUAACAUGAUGGUCGUUGUCCUUAUUCCACGAAAUUUUCUUUAAUGAAUAAAAUUAAUAUUUCCUUGUAUGUAGUGUUUUUUGUUUAUGUAGGUACCUACUUAUUAUAACGUCCCAAUCCUAAUGUUAUUGUCACAAGGGCCUUGCAGCUAGUGAGGGUUUGACUUAAGGUUAGGGGUUGCUCUUCAAGAAAACGAGGAAAACACACAACUGCAAAAAGGAGCUUAACAUACAUUGUCUACUAGUGGGUACAUUCUACCAAAGGAAGAUGCGUCACAUGGUUCGGCUCUAUGUACAUAUAGGGGUGCAACUGGUCCCCACAGGUAUAGGCGGCAAUGCCCUGAAGGGCAUUGCUCCAAAACUUUCUGGGGUAAUGCGACCCUGAAGUUUAGCUACUGCUCCCUUAGGUAUAAGAAGACCCUGAGGAGAGAUGUGCACCAUGAGGAGACACUGCUUCCUGGGGUAAGGAGACCCAUGGGAGACCCUGAGAAAAGACAGACUCGAAAGAUGCCGAUACAUCGGUUUUUAUAUCCAUUUCGUUGUUGACAGCUUGGUUUUUCCGGUGAAUCUGAUAGCAUGUACCGUUCCAAUCCGGAGCUCUUCAAUGGGUGUUGGGGCUUUCCUUUCGUGAACUGGAGCUCUUCGUGUUGUUUUCUGUAUCCAGAAAGAGAAUAGAAUGCUGGGGUGACGUCACUCCAACUGAUCCAGAAUCCAAACAAUGAUCUUUAUGUGGAGUAGGUACCCAGAAAAGAAUAAGGCAGUAUCAGGUUCACCAAUAUUUGGAAUAUUAAAUCCCUGAAAAUGAGUGUCUUGCAAAGGAAAUUGAAAUUUAAUAUAAAACGGUAUGAACAGCUAUUGCAAGUUGAAAAAAAAUAUAUAUUUUAAUAUAAAAAAAAUACAAUUAAAUAAUUAAGGAUAAUGGUAAGAUACUAAUAAAAUUAAAAUAAUAACAAGACAUUAAAUUAAAAUGCUCGUUAUGAUUGAGCAAAAUGCUGCUUUCCUGACAGUAGCUCUGGCAGGCAAAAAAUAUGAACAAAAUGAGGUAAAACAAUAAGAAAUUAACUCUUUGGAUUCUCCCCAAAUAGACAAAAUUUUCCUCUUAAAUUAAGGUAGCCACAAUAGAUAUUACAAGAUAAACCUGACGGUGAAAUCAAUAAAAUCCAGAAUAUGUCAAAAUUCUUGAGAUGUUCUAAUUAAAACUUUUUUCUGAAGUUUUGACCUGUCUGGAUUUCUAAUAAAAAAUUACACCAUUUAGUUAAUUGACGGAGUCAAACAGAAAAUGGCUAUUCAGGCCUCUGCCUGGAUUCAAUAGAGUUGAUAGGGAUAGACACACAAAUUUGGUUUUCACUGACUCUAUUUAGAGCAAAUGGUCCAAUAUUCCCACACUAACAAUUGAUUCUGAAAACCAGAGCAGCAGUACCUAUUUAAAGUCCAAAAAAUCUGAAUUGACUUAUCUCAGAUAAACGUGGCACUACCAAUCAGCACUCAUACAAAAUGGAAGCCAACAAUUAGAUAAAAAAAUUAAAAUAUAAUAUUUAUAUUUCAAGAAUAGAUAAGAUAAUAUUUAUCAGGUAAAAACUUAACAAUGAUAUGAUAAUAUGAAUUGAUAGCAAAAUAUAUUGAAAAAUCUAUAAGGGAGAAUCCAAAAAUUAAGAGCGAAAAUUACUAAAAAUAAAAAGGACUCGCCUGCCAUUCUUCUGUCGAGGAAAGAGAACGUUUUAGAAACCAAAGCCCACAAGAGAAUGAUCCGUGUUUUUUAUACUUAACUGCACUUUAACCAGUUCAACCAAUCAAACGAGUAUAGUCUGGCUAGCGAAACGGCGAACUGCAAAAGAAUUUGCUAAUUUGCCAAACUUGACGGAAAUAGUGAUAAACAAGUUGGUGAAAUUAUUUUUUUUGCUAUAUGGGCAUGUGUAGUAUUUUGAAAUAGAAAAAAAUCCGGCAACAUUGCAAAAUGAUAGAUGUGGAGAGGCGUGAUUAUUCAGAGGUAUGAUUCUAUUGGUUAGAGUCUGAACGACAGCAGGCAGUGGCGUGGUUAUUGGCGAAACUAAAGAAUUUUUUUUUCUAAUAAUUUUAUUGGUGUUUCCGGUGCCACUGAACCGAAAGACAUGGCUGUCAUCAGGUGGUGUCAGUUGAGGUGUCAGUGAAUAUUUUUAGGUCACGCCCCACUUUUCUUCCCCCUUUCGUCUCUACCAAGUUACCACUUGCCAGACUAUAC